AUGCAGCUCACCAACACUCUCGUCGUCCUUUCGGCCGCCCUCACCGGCGUGUCUGCCCACCCUUCUCUGCACGGUCACCAGCACUUCCACGAGCGCCGCACCGUUGACGGUGUUGAGGAGCGCGACCUUACCUUCUUCAAGAACAUUCUCCCGACCGCGUCCUCGACUUCGACCUCGGCUUCCGCGACCCCCACCGCCACCCAGGCCGCCGGCGAGUACGUCCCCUUCUGCAACGGCAAGAAGACCAAGCGCGCCACCCUUGCCCAGAUCGCCUCCGUUGGCAACACCGGCACCGAGGACGACUGGGGCUGCAACAUGCAGGUCAUCGACUCGUCCAUUGUUUCCCUUUACAACUACACCACUACCUUCACCGCCAGCGAUAAGGACUACACCUGCUCGUGCUUCAACAAGAUUGGUCCCAAGGGCCUGAUCGACGGCUGCUGGUUCGCCGCCAUCACCUUCUCCGUCAAGGCGGGUCAGUCCAAGAACGUCGCCUUCGAUACCGACUCCCAGGGCUCCUGCGCUUGCGGCGCCGGCACGGAGGUCCCCAAGACCUUCAUCGGUCAAUUCGCCGGUACCUGGCUCGAGUUUGACUGGGGCUCCGCCGCCAACGGUGGCAACUCUGGUGCCGACGCCUCCGUCCUCGUUGCUGGUUCCCAGAGCCUCCCCUACUACGGCAUGAAGGUUGAAGCCAACGGCAAGACCUGCUCGUGGGUCAAGUCUGACGGCUCCAACCAGGACGCCUACAUGCCCGGCAUGGAGGCCGCUGACGGUGUCGGCUGCAAGGGCUACUACACCGGUCACCUGAACGUCACCCUCGGCGACAACUUCACUGCUUAA